AAAUGUUAUGUACCAGCCAUGUUUGGAUUUCCAAGUACAAAGGCUCCUACUACGUGAAGUGAAGAGAAGCUGGUAACCAGCAGAGGAGACACGAACGCCCGGGUCACUAUGUGGAGCUGCGAAACCUUAAAUGGCACCAAAACCGUCCAGGGCCAGCACCUCUGCCAUGACUUCCACCUUAUGCUUUCCAUUUUCUCGCUGCUCUACCUCGUCGUCUGCCUCCCGGUCGGCCUCUGCUACAACGCCCUCCUGGUCCUCGUCAACCUGUACAACAAGGCCACGAUGACCAUGCCAGACGUCUACUUCGUCAACAUCGCCAUCGCGGGCCUCAUCAUCAACGCCAUCGCCCCCAUGUACCUCCUCGGGCCGGCCAGCACCAAAUGGGCCAUCUUGAGCUUCAACAACGAGGUCUACAUCACAUUGCUGAUCUUGUUCAACGUGUCCUCCUUGGUGAUCAUGUACUCCACCACCCUGCUCAGCCUGGACUACUACAUUGAACGGGCACUGCCCAGAACUUACAUGUCCAGCGUGUACAACACCAAGCAUGUGUGUGGAUUUAUCUGGGGCGGGGCCAUGCUGACCAGCUUCUCCUCCCUUCUGUUCUAUGUCUGCAACCACGUCUCCACCAAAAUCAUUGAGUGCUCCAAAAUGCAGAACAAGGAAGCGGCGGACACCAUCAUGGUUUUUAUCGGCUACAUCGUCCCCGCCAUCGCCGUGCUGUAUGCACUUGUGCUGAUUUCACGGAUCCGGAAGGAGGCGACGCCGCUGGAUCAAGACACUGGAAGGCUGGACCCAUCAGUGCACAGGCUUUUGAUCGCAACAGUCUGUACACAGUUCACGUUGUGGACACCUUAUUACGUCACUCUUCUCGUAAGCACGUUGACUAGCAUGCAAGGAAAGGUCCCGGAUGACAAUUACAUCCAAAUACUGCAUUUUACCAAGGGGCUCUCCAAAUUCUUGGCUUUCUCAAGCAGCUUCGUGAUGCCCCUGCUUUACCGAUACAUCAACAAAAACUUCCCAAACAAACUGCGGCGGCUGCUUAAAAAACUGCACUGUGGGAACCAAGGGUGCUCCCACGAACGCACGGUGGUUCAGCAAGUGGUAACGUAG